ACCUUUCUAGAUAUUUCCCAACCCCCUCAGAAAGGAGAAAUAAUCCUCCCUUUCUCUCCUCUCCUGCCUUUCCCCAUUACUACUCCCCAGUCCCACUCCCACCCGCAGGCCGCGCCGCCCCAGCAAAUCUCACGCACAGAAACACCAAAGCCCCAAAGGCCCAAACUCACCACCUCCCAAUGGAGAACGGCGACGAAACCCUCGCCUCCCCCACGGCCGCCGCCGAGACGGACGCGCUCAACGGCGGCGUCGCGGAGGAGGAGCAGGUCCCCAUCACCCACCCCGCAAAGUCCUACGUCACGCUCGCCGACGACAACCCCGCUCCUAACGGCGGCGUCGUGAAAGAGGAGGAGGGCGGUGCCCACACCACCGCGAAGUCCUACGCAGCUGUCGCCGCCCAAGCCGAGAUCGAGGACCUCCGCGCCGCCAAGCUCGACCUGGAGGAGAAGCUCGCUGAGGCCCGCCGUGAGAACAAGUCCCUCGCCGAGGAGACGCACCGCAGCGAGGGGAUCUUCACGCAGGCCCGGGAGGAGGUCACCAUCGCCGAGUUCGCCGCCACCUCUGCCGAGAAGGAGGUCGCCUCGCUCCGCGCGGAGGUCGAACGCCUCGAUGCUGUUCUCAGGAUCGAGAAGGGCGAGCACGAGCUGGACAAGCAGAGACACGAGAAGGUCGCCAAGGAGGUGGAUGCCGUGCGCCAGGAGAAGCUCAAGCUAGAGGAGGAGAUCAGAGCCCUGAAGGCUUCCGCCACCGCCGCCGCCACCACCAAGGAGAGGGAAGCUGCGCCGGCUUCUGAGGCCCCGAAGGAAGGGGAAGUCGCGUGGCUGGGGAUGGCGGUGGCUGCGGCUGCCGGCGCCGCCGGCACGGCUGCCAUCAUGCUAGUUUAUCUCCGCCUUAAGAGGUAGGUGUUCUGGUGCUCGGUUGCGUAGCAGUAAAGGGAGUUUUCGUCGUGAUGCUGCUAUUACUGAACUGGGAGGUAUGCGACUUCUAUGAGUAGUUGCUUAUUAGCCUACAGAAAAUAUAGGGAUCUGGAGACUGGUUAUGUUUCAUGGCUGUUCUUCUUUCACCGGUACCAUUUUAUGACGAACGUUGUAUGACUGAUUAUCUUCUUGUUUACGUUACUGCUACGGCAUGGCCUCAUGACCCUUUUUUGAUCUAAUAAUGGUCCGUGUUCUGC